CACAAGGAUAAGCAAAAACAUUAAAAAAAAUGGGAGCACACAUUCUCUUCACAGCCGCUGCAGCACUCCUACUCCUGGCCAGCUCCGCCACCGCCACCGCGACCCCGGAGUGCGACAUCUUCCACGUCACCGGAAGUGUGCUCUGCCAGGAGUGCGGCGAGGGGUGGAAUGAAUGGGUCAAUGGCGCCAACCCCAUCCAAGGGUCCAAAGUGUCGGUGACGUGCUUGGACGAGAGGAGCAGGGUGGUGCAAUACGCCAGCGACUUGACCGAUGAAGCCGGAAACUUCGACGUCGCUUGUAACAGAUACGUAAACGGCAAGAAGUUGAACCCGCAAAACUGCUACGUGAGGCUUGUGUCGUCGCCGGACCCCAUCUGCAACGUGGCAACCAACUUCGCCGGGGGCAAGACCGGGGUCAAGCUCCACCGCCCCAACGUCAUGUAUAGGGACAUUCUUAAGUACGCGCUCGGCUCGUUCUACUACACCACUCCCAUGUGCGAUGAGCCCGACACAAAUGAUCAAGACGAUUCCGAACAGAACAACUACUAAUGU